AUGGUAAAUAAUUGCUCUGAUGAUGUAAAUGUCAUUGAAAAGGAACCUCGUGAAAGGAAAUUUUGCCAUUCGUGGCUCGAAAAUGAACAAUUCAAACCAUGGCUGCAAACAAUCCCGAACUAUCCUUUCAAUUGUUUUUGCUCCUUCUGCAAUCUAAAGCUUCGAUGUGGUUUCGACAAGCUUAUGUGGCAUUCUGACAGCAAGAAGCAUGUUUCGGAGUGUCAGAAAAGGGGUUUCAGCGUAGAUUUGAAUACGCAUGACGAAGAACCUGUGCCUUUUGAAGAUCGGAAAAAAAUCACGGAAAUAAAAUUUGCAGCAUUAAUUGCCGAGGAAAACAUUCCAUUUAAAACAGCAAAAUCAAUCUUAAGUUUUUUUCAAGACCUCGGAGAUGAUCCUGAAGUCUUGAAAAGUAUGAGGAUGAAUCGGAAUAAAGCACCGAAAGUAAUAAAGGAUGUCUUAUGUGUUCGCGAACAGGAGUGGUUGGUCGAAAAAUUACAAAAUAAUAAAUUUUCUAUUUUUGUUGACGAAACAUCUGACUUAACUAAUGACAAAUGGAUGACGUUUCUUGUUCGGUACGUCGAUCCUCAUAGACGGAGAGCUGGCUACAUGGGGUGUGACAUGCCUCGGUGCAUGAAAUAUUUUACCUGGAAAAGGUUCGAUUGCUGCCAGCAAAGCGAAAGCUCGACCGUCAGAAGGCGCGCUGGAAGGUAA